CUAGCGCCACUCAACAACACGAAAAGAAAAGUCAUGCAAACAGAGAACCCUCUCUGUCUCUCUUUUGCUUAUAAGAAGAAGAAGAAGAAGAGAGAAAAUAAUGGCGUCGUGGAAUUCGAUUCAGCUGGAAAUCACAUACAGAGUUUUGGGAUGGAUGGGUUUUGCAUGUUGGUCCGUCGGUGGCUACCCACAAGUCAUAUUGAAUUUCCGCAGGAAAAGCGUUGUGGGAUUGAGCUUCGAUUUCGUGUUGCUGAGUUUGACAAAGCAGUCUUCCUAUCUCAUAUACAACGCCUCUCUCUACUUCAGCUCCGCCGUUCAAAAGCAGUACUGGGAGAAAUACGGCUAUGGACAGAUGAUCCCUGUAGCAGUAAAUGAUGUUGCUUUCUCAGCUCACGCUGUUUUAUUGACAGCAUUUGUUUUGUUACAAAUUGCAAUCUAUGAACGAGGAACUCAGAAGGUGUCCAAGAUUGCCAUCGGAAUUGUCGUUGCAGUGUGGUCAGGCGCUGCAGUUUGUGUUUUCGUAGCUUUGCCAACCCAUUCUUGGCUUUGGCUGAUUAAUAUUUUCAACUCAAUUCAAGUUUGCAUGACAGUCGUCAAAUAUACUCCCCAGGCAUUCCUGAACUUCGUGCGGAAGAGCACAGAUGGAUAUAGCCUUGGCUCUUACUUGCUUGAUUUUUCUGGAGGGGUCACAAAUUAUGCACAAAUGACUGUGCUUGCUAUAGAUCAAGAUUCUUGGGUGAACUUUUAUGGAAACAUGGGGAAAGUACUGCUAUCUUUGAUAUCUAUAUUCUUUGACCUUGUCUUCAUGUGUCAACGCUUCCUGCUGUAUCCUUCAAAGAAAGCACCCAUCUCUCCUCCUCCUCCUCAAAUCAUCAGCAAGGACAAGGAGAGCUUGGAGCCACUUCUCCAGUCUUCAUCAGAUCACCCACUCAAACACACUGUCUGAAAAUGUAUACACAAGACAGAGCUGCUCUUGCCCAAACAUGUGCGACAUUAACCAUGUAGAUGUAAACAAGGAUUAUAUGUUUGGAGCUGAAAACUUAAAUAAAUUUUGAUUCCUUUGCCAUCCAUGUGGAUUUCAUGGCUGAUGCUCCUUGCGAACUUGGUUACCAUACCAAGCAGCUUGGACAAGACAAAUUUAGGAGGUGCAGUUUUGGUCCAAGUCUUGUUGGAUGGUUACGUAGAGCAAAAAUUGCUCUUAGUAGAAAGGCAACAAUCGUUAGAGCAAAAACUUUUACUCCUUUUUUUUUCUUUUUUUUUUUUCGGUUUUGAAAUAGAGGACACAUGUCACUUUAUGGUUGCUAUUAAAAAAAAAAUGUCACUUUAUGGUUGAGCCACAAUAGAAAGUAAAGAGGAAUUUUGCCUUAUGAGUAAGGAGAGAAGUAUUUUCCUUAAAUUUAUUGUCAUAACUUUUAAUAAAGGGUUAAAUUAAAAGUCAUAUCUCUUACAUAAGAGGUAUAUAGGGUUCUAUAAAAUAGAAACUCUUGACAAACCAGUGUACGUUCUA